GUCGCCUAAGAAGGGGGAUAAUGAGGAAGGCGACCAGGAGCCGCUGAGCUCUUCCCAGUUUCGCCCCACAGACGCAGGAUCAGGAUGUAUACGCUGCUGUCCGGGCUUUACAAGUACAUGUUCCGGCGGGAUGAAUACUGCAUCUUGAUCCUUGGGCUGGACAAUGCUGGGAAAACGACCUUCCUGGAACAGACGAAGACCAGAUUUUCUAGGAACUACAAAGGCAUGAGCUUAUCCAAAAUUACUACCACUGUGGGCUUGAACAUUGGCACGAUAGACAUGGGCAAAGCCAGGCUGAUGUUCUGGGACCUUGGAGGACAAGAGGAGCUUCAGUCUCUCUGGGACAAGUAUUACGCCGAAUCUCAUGGUGUCAUCUACGUUAUCGACUCCACUGAUGAGGAGAGGCUUUCGGAAUCUAAACGAGCUUUUGAGAAGAUGAUAACCAGCGAAGUCCUGGAAGGUGUUCCGCUGCUGGUUCUAGCGAACAAACAGGAUGUAGAGGGCUGCCUGUCAAUCCCGGACAUCAAGACUGCCUUCAGCGACUGCAUCAACAAGAUCGGCAAGAGGGACUGCCUGACGCAGGCUUGCUCGGCUCUCACUGGCAAAGGGGUUAACGAGGGAAUCGAGUGGAUGGUGAAGUGCGUGGUGAGAAACAUCCAUCGCCCUCCGAGGCAGAAGGACAUCACGUAGAGAACUGUGGAGGAGCCGAGUUCCGGACACUUUUUGUCCUGAACAGCACUGUUUCGCUCUGUCUGUUUCUUCUCUCUGUCUUU